AUAUAUUUGACCUGACUCGGAUAAGGUCAAGUCUUUACAGUUAUCUGACCUGACCUGGCUCAUCGAACACGCUGAGGCCAAUGCUCUUCAAAGAGACCUAAACGUAGACCCAGUAACAAGAUAGGUAGUACAUAUAGCUAGGUGUUUGCCCUAUUUGCUUUGCGAUGUGUUCAUCACGAAGUAAACCCUAAAUUUCAAUGCACAUUUACAUACGAUAUCAAUAGUACAGCUUAGAGGCAUUUCGCAAAUUUCAGAUUUUUAUUUAAACAUCCAACCUCUGACGACUCUACAUAGAAGAUGGCUUACGAAAGAUCAAUUAUCAUCACCGGCGGGACGGUUAAUCUGGGCUACUAUACCGCGCUACAGAUUGCCAAGGCACACCCCGAAUACCUGAUCAUAGUAUCAUCACGAUCAGACCGCGAGCAUGCCGCGGAUACCAUCAAUAAGGCACUCGGCCAAGAAAAUGUAGUUUACAUCCCGCUCGAUCUCUCAAGCCUACAGAGUGUACGCACUUUUGCUGAAGAUUGGGCGUUGAAGAACUACCCCCCUAUACAGGCCUUGGUUUUCAACGCGGCUCUGCAACAUCCUGGGUCAUUAGUCAAAACUGUUGACGGCCUAGAAUCAACUUUCGGCGUCAACCACGUUGGCCACGCUCUACUCUUCCACCUCCUGUGUCCUUACCUUGCCCACAAGGCCCGGGUGGUUGUCGUUUCCAGCGGGACUCACGACCCAGACCAAGUUACGGGUGGCAUGCCCAAACCGAACUAUAUAAGUGCCGAGGAGAUGGCACACCCCACCUCUGCCUCAGCUAAUAACCCGGGUCGCCAGCGGUAUGUUGAAAGCAAGCUCGCGAACAUACUAUGGACGUACGCGCUCGACCGCCGUCUGAAACAGCGUGUUCCAGAGCGAGACAUCACAGUUAAUGCCUUUGACCCAGGCCUGAUGCCAGGCUCCGGAUUAGCGCGUGAAGCCGGUGGAUUUCUCAGGUUCCUCUGGAUGCACGUCCUUCCAAGGGUUAUUCCACUUCUCAGGAUUAUCUUCGUCCCGAAUAUCCAUCAUCCGAGUGAAUCUGCGGCUUCGCUAACGCGUCUCGCGGUUGGCUCGGAUCUAGAAGGCGAAAGUGGGAAGUACUUCGAGGGUAAGAAAGCUAUCAAGAGUAGCAAGGAGAGCUAUGAUGAGGCUAAACAAGACGAUGUUUGGCAAUGGACAGUGAAUUAUCUUGCGAAGGGGGACGAGGAACGGGAGCGCUUCGAACAGCUCAAAUAAUAAACCAGUACUAAUUUCUUAUUUUUCUUUCGCUAUCUCAUCUCUAGCCCCUAUAUAACAUUAAACUAAUAUAACCGAACUCGGAAAUAUACCCCUACCCUCCGGGGUAGUUCUCUACUGAUAACGUACCUCCGUAAAUAUAAUCAACAUUAGACUUUAUUUUAAUCAUAAUUAUAAACUAUCACUAAUAAUGAAAUGUGAGGACAUCUUUUUCCCCGGGUGGCAAU